UUGGGAGGGAGGGUGGACAUCCCAAAGGCCUGGGUUGGCCCUUGCUAAGCUGCUGUUGCAUUUGAGCGUUCAUGGCCUCCGAAGGAGAUGCUUGCCUCUAACUGAACUUAUCCCUGCUUAAUCUGUUUUCUUUUUCCCACUCUGCUGCUUUUUUGUGUGCUCAGAGGAAGGAGGAAUGCACGAAUGAGGAAUCAGGAUUCGGGACAGGCCAUUCCACUUGUCGUAGAGAGCUGCAUCCGCUACAUCAACCUGUACGGCCUCCAACAGCAGGGCAUCUUCAGAGUCCCUGGCUCCCAGGUGGAAGUCAAUGACAUCAAGAACUCGUUUGAGAGAGGUGAAGAUCCCCUCGCUGAUGAUCAGAAUGAACGGGACAUUAACUCAGUGGCUGGAGUCUUGAAGCUGUAUUUCCGAGGACUGGAAAACCCCCUCUUUCCUAAGGAAAGGUUUCAAGAUUUGAUAUCUACCAUAAAAAUGGAGAACCCCACUGAGAGAGUGCACCAGAUCCAGCAGAUCGUUGUCACUCUGCCUCGGGCUGUCAUCGUGGUCAUGAGAUACCUCUUUGCUUUCCUUAACCACCUGUCGCAGUACAGCGAUGAGAACAUGAUGGAUCCCUACAACCUGGCCAUCUGCUUCGGGCCCACGCUGAUGCACAUUCCCGACGGGCAGGAUCCGGUGUCCUGCCAGGCCCACGUCAAUGAGGUCAUCAAAACCAUCAUCAUUCACCACGAGGGAAUCUUCCCCAGCCACCGAGAGCUGGAAGGGCCUGUCUACGAGAAGUGCAUGACUGGAGGGGAGGAGUACUGUGACAGCCCGCACAGCGAGCCAGGCACCAUCGACGAGGGGGACCACGACAACGGGACGGAGCCGCACACCAGCGACGAUGAGGUGGAGCAGAUUGAAGCUAUAGCCAAGUUUGACUACAUUGGACGAUCUCCACGGGAGCUCUCCUUCAAGAAAGGGGCCUCACUCCUGCUGUACCAUCGGGCAUCAGAAGACUGGUGGGAAGGAAGACACAACGGGGUGGAUGGGCUCAUCCCCCACCAGUACAUCGUGGUGCAAGACAUGGAUGACGCGUUCUCCGACAGCCUGAGCCAGAAGGCAGACAGCGAGGCGAGCAGUGGGCCACUGCUUGAUGAUAAAGCCUCCUCCAAGAACGACAUCCAGUCUCCAACGGAUCAUAUCAUGGACUAUGGCUUCGGGGGAGUGAUGGGCAGGGUGAGGUUGAGGUCUGACGGCGCAGCCAUCCCUCGGCGCCGCAGCGGGGGAGACACCCACAGCCCGCCCCGAGGGAUGGGGCCUGGCAUAGACACCCCUCCUCGAGCAGCAGCCUGCCCCAGCAGCCCCCACAAGAUCCCCCUCAACAGGGGCAGGAUCGAGAGUCCUGAGAAGCGCAGGAUGGCAACGUUUGGCAGCGCGGGCAGCAUCAAUUUUCCAGACAGGAAGGCCCUGGCUGAUGGCCACCCCCUGAGAUCAACCUGUGGGUCCACCCGGCACAGCAGCCUUGGAGACCAGAAAUCUCUGGAAGCAGAAGCUCUUGCUGAGGACAUCGAGAAGACCAUGAGCACGGCACUGAACGAGCUGCGGGAGCUGGAGAGGCAGAACACGGCCAAGCAGGCCCCCGACGUGGUCCUGGACACGCUGGAGCCCAUGAAGAACCCCCCAAUGGGCGCCGCCAACUCGGAGCCGGCCAGCCCCCUGCACACCAUCCUGAUCCGGGACCCCGACGCGGCCAUGCGGCGCAGCAGCAGCUCCACCACCGAGAUGAUGACCACCUUCAAGCCGGCGCUGUCGGCCCGGCUGGCCGGGGCGCAGCUGCGGCCGCCGCCCAUGCGGCCGGUGCGGCCGGUGGUGCAGCACCGCUCCAGCAGCAGCAGCAGCUCGGGGGUGGGCAGCCCUGCUGUCACCCCACCGAGAAGCUCUUCCCCAGCGGCCUCGCGGAUAAAUCGGGCACCAUGUAGGCUGGGGCGCGGGGACCGCAGCGGGAGAGCUGGGGCCCGGAUGGCGGGAGCGGGGCCCGACACGGCAAAGCCUCUCUGGGCCGAGCCGGGGGUCAGAGCCCUGCUGGGGGGAGCCUCUCCAAAAGGGAACACAUGCAUAGCUGGGCCUGGUGCUGUACAUACGUGUGUGUGUGUAUAUGUACAUAUGUGUGCACACACCCUCUCCAUGCAGAAACACUUCCCGAGCUUGCAGUCCUACAGCAGGAGGAGACAGCGGGUCUGCGUGUCAGCACUGGAGAACACAUGCUCUCUGUAGGAGUAUAUAUUAAAAACAAAGUGUACAGAAUUCAGUGACUUUUUAAAACAGUAGAUUUACCUCAGAAACUGGCUCUGAAAUGUCCUCUCUGGAGAUGGUGGGUUGGGCUGGGUUUCCCAGACUCUGUGCACGUGUGGAGGCCCACACCGCAGCAGCCAUGUGUCGAGCAAUACAAGGCCAUCCUGGAAUUUAGUUUCUGCACCUCUUGGCAUUUAAAAAAAAAGGGAUGGGGAUACAGCGGGGUCUGUUCACUGCUGGGUUGUAGAGAAGAGUUGGAAAUCCAUAAAUGAUGGUGUGUGUCCAGCCAGCUGGAGUCUGUUCAGUCCUGAAUCCUGAGACGUCUUUGUGUGCCUGUGAUGCCCCGGGCAGCAGGGACAGAGUGAGCUGUGUGCCGUGAGUGGGGACAGAGCAAGGUGUGCACCAUCACCUUCACACAGGAGGAGGAUGCUGUGCUGCACUGGGGCCAUGGAACGCUGCUUUUCUGGAAGGUUUCAGAGUGAACAAGGACUGGUGACAAACCUGUGGUAAAGUAUGGAGUAACUUACACAGUUUGGAGAUCCUUCAUCUCCCCUUCCCCGCACACUUUUCUUUUUUUUUUUUUUAAUUAAUAAGAAGACAACCCAAUGGUCUCUCGACAGUCAGGUGUAAGCAGUGAGGAGGCUUUGGCACCACCACGUUCCUCGGUGUGAAGCUGCCCAGCGGCACAGGGGGGUCUCAGUUCAGAGUGUGUCAUCCUGCAUGAGAAGCAUGAGCCAUAUUUGACCGUGUCAAAUGCAGAACCGAUCUGAUGGGUGACACUUUGCACUUUCUGUACUGUACCAUAUAAUACAACUGUUUGAGUUAUGCAAAGGAAUCUACAUUUUGUUUUACCCAGAGAAAAAAUAUGCAGAAAGCUGGGGAUUGCAUGGUCCUUUCUGAUAAUCCAGACUCCGCUCUAAGCGCUGAAUCCAAGACGCUCUGUGCUUCUCCUGCAGCUUUUCCUUGUACAGAUUUCCAUGCAAUGCCCCAUGGUUUGAUUUGGCACUUCCCCAUGGUCAUGUACUAAUGGCUCCUUAACAUCCAUCCUUCUUCCCCGCUAUCUCUGACCCUGCUGCUCUGUCUGUGCCUGGGCAAAGAUGCCCACGAACCCUCCUGCCUCACCCAGCAGCCACCUGCCCCUGCCCGGGCCUUUGCUUUGUCUCCCCUUCAUCUUCCUCACCUCUCCAGCACCACUGUGGACCCCAGCUCUGCAGGAGGAGCAGCUUGACUUCCAGAAGGUGGUGGAGGCACCGGCCAGGGCAGCAGAGCCCACUGGUCCUGCUAGGGCUUGUCCUCAGCCUGGGAGCUCACCCUCAUGUGAGGCCGCCUGCACCUCCAUAUGUGCCCUUCUCCACCUGCCCCUCCACGCCUGCACUUCCAUAUCCAUACCUGCACACCUGAACCUCCAUAUCUGUACCUCCAUGCCUGCACUUCCAUGUCCAUACCUCCCCACCUGAACCUCCAUAUCUGCCCCUCCACGCCUGUGCCUCCACGCACCAGGCACGGAGCGGGGUCACAGACCCGUCAGGACUGGCUGGUGCCUGUCCCUGUCCCGUGCCCAGCGCACGUGUCCCCUUGCCCCCUGCUCUGCCAGCCCUGUAUAUAUUGCCCUACUUGCUUAACUGCUGGAAAGUAACUGUUAACCUGUAAACUGUAAAAAAUAGGCUAAGAUUAGAUAAAAGCCAAUGCCACUCACCAAAUCUUUGCACUUAGUAGGUAGCUUGAUGUAAAAAUAAACCCAGUAAUAAUAAUAGUAACCCUGAAGGGAAGCGAAGCCGCCGGCGCCCCUCGCAGAGCCUGGGGGGAGCAGCUCUGCCCGUGUCCCUCCCUGUCACCUUGGCAGGGACUACGGUGUGUGUGUGCUUGUCUGUGAACGUCCUUGGCGUUUGUAAUGACCACAGUUGGUUCAUGUUGGUGUUUAUUUCUCCAUCAUCCCCCUUUCCUGGCGCAGGCCCCGGCCCAGCGCAGUGGCAGCAGAUGUUCCACCAGGCUGGGCUGCUCAGGGCCGUGUGCUGGGAAGGGAAGGACCCAUUUGGCACGAGCGCUGUGUAUCUGUUGCCAGUAAUUAUUAUUUUUGUUUCCGUUUAGUUCCUGGAGAACAUUCAUUUUGCCAGUUUCCUUUUUUUUAAUAUUAUUUGCAAGAUGACUUGAGAGCAAACCUGUGUUCACUAGGGGUUUUAUUUCCUUCCUUCUUACUUUUGGAGAUACGGUACAAGUUCCAGUGUCUUUCUAUUAAAUUAUUGCCUUUUGUUUUCCUUUGUUUUGUUUUGUUGUGGGUUUUUAAUACAAUUGUUUUCUUAUCUUUAAGUGCCUUUUUGAGCACCAGAACAAACAGUUGGAGUUCAGGCCUGGGAACUGUACACACAUGGGUUCGUCUGGGCAGUUGUGUUGUGCUGGGGGCGAUUGCUUUUAAAGUCCUUCCAUUUUUCUGUUUGAUGAAAAGGGAACCAAGACUUUUUGUUGGAGAAUAAACUCCCCCUUUGUAAUACAGUAUUCCAAGUGUAGUUUUAACUACUGUAAAUUUAAGGGAAGAAAUGUAUUUUUCUGUAAGCGAACUUGGCACAAAAUUGAGCCACGUACAUUGUAGGAGCAUCAUAACUGGAACCUGCUCAUGGUUUGUGAGUAACCAACCCUGACCCUCGGUACCGCCCCGAGGGCACAGACUGCAUGUGGGCCUCAGAGUUCACAGAGUUUCCCUGUGCCAGCCCAGGGCCGGGAGCGGGGUGGGGUGUGCUCCUGCCCCCCUGCAGCACCGCGGGCGAGGGGCCGCGCAGCCCCCGGGACCCCCAGCCCUGAGGGGGGCGGCUGUUCCUCUGCUGUGCAGAGCGAGCGCCAACCUUGGCCCGGCUCCCUCGGCCCUGCCCCGUCCAUCCCGUGUGCCGGGGCAGUUUGGCCCUCGCCUGCCCUCACCAGGGCCUGGCAUGGCCUGUGAUGGUGCUGACCAAGUGUGAUGGUACCGCAGCAGCCCCUUCCCUGUACGGACCCUCAGCGGCGCGCGCGGUGCCGGGGCGGCGAUGACAGUGCACUUUGUUCCUUAGGCUGAAGUCCCCUGGUAGGUCGUUUUUGUAACCCCGGGUGUGUCAUUUAACUAGCGGUGUUGUGGUUCUCGGGGGCGGCAGUAGAUGUCCCGAGUCUGAUGUGCUUCGCGUGGCUGGGCCGUGAGCUGUGGUGGGGACGGGGUUGGUUACGCCGGGCAGCCGUGGGAGACUGUGGCUGCUGCCCCUUGUACCGGUCAUCCUCCUCCUCCCCGGUGUUGUCUCUGUAACGUAUGGUGAGAUGCCGUCAGCUAGAGUGUCUGAGUGGGUCCUUGUGUGUGCUGGUGAUGCCAUGUAGAUGAAGCAACUGGUUGGGUGUGGACUCAUCCCGUUGAAUAAACUGCUUAACUUUUCUCAAAAA